CGCAUCCGCAUCUAACCAGUAAGCAGUGUGCACUGUGCAGAAAGCUAGGAAAAGCACCGAAGCAGUCAGCCAUGGCACCGUGCAAGAAGGUGCUGAUGCUGUGCGGCGACUACAUGGAGGACUACGAGGCCGCCGUGCCGUUCUACGCGCUCGCCGCGUUCGGCGUCGCCGUCGACUGCGUCGCGCCGGGGAAGAAGCCCCCCGGCGACGCCUGCCUCACCGCCGUCCACGAGUUCCUCGGCCACGACCUCUACACCGAGCUCCCGGGCCACCGGUUCGCGGUCACCGCCGACUUCGCCGCGGCCGCCGCGGCUGACGCGUCGCGCUACGACGCGCUCGUCGUCCCCGGCGGGAGGUUCGUCGAGCGGCUCAGCGUGGACCCGCUCGCCGUGUCGCUCGUCGCGGCAUUCGCCGGGGAGGGGGAGACGGCGACGCGCAGGCGGCCGGUGGUCGUGACGUGCCAUAGCCAGCUGCUGCUCGCCGCCGCGGGCGCCAUGCGCGGCGUCAGGUGCACGGCGUUCUUCAGCAUGCGGCGUGUGGUGGAGCUCGCCGGCGGGACGUGGGUGGAGCCUGACCCACUCGGCCUCUGCGUCGCCGACGGCAACGUCCUGAGCGCCAUCGGCUGGCCCGCGCACGGCGAGAUCAUCAGGGAGCUCCUCCGCGCCAUGGGCGCCCGCGUCGCCGGCGGCCGCGGCCAGGCCGUCCUCUUCCUCUGCGCCGACUACGUCGACGACUACGAGGCGAAUGUGCCGUUCCGUGCGCUGGCCGGCGUGGGCUGCCGCGUCGAGGCGGCGUGCCCGACGAAGCGCAAGGGCGAGGCGUGCGUCACGGCGAUCUACGACGCCACCCCGGCGGCGGCGAGCGACGAGAGGCGCGGCCACAACUUCGCGGUGACCGCGGACUGGGGCGACGUCGACGCCGACCGGUACGCGUGCGUCGUCGUGCCGGGCGGCCGCGCGCCGGAGCUUCUGGCGACGCGCGGCGAGGCCGUGGCGCUGGUGCGCGAGUUCGCCGGGAAGGGGAAGGUGGUCGCCAGCAUCGACCAGGGCCACCUCCUCCUCGCCGCGGUGGGGCUCCUCGACGGCAGGAGCUGCGCGAGCGGCGUCGCGACGAGGGUGGUCGCCGGCCUCGCCGGCGCGGCGAGCGUCCGGCACGGUGGCGCGGUCGCCGACGGGAAGCUCGUGACGGCGGCGAGCUGGCCUGACCUCGCCGAGUUCAUCGCUCACAUCAUCAGCCUCCUUGGCAUCACUGUCUCGUUCUGAAGUGAAGCAGCACUGCACUAUGCUUCUCUGUUCUCUCUGUCAUGAGUAGUACUGGAAAAUUGUCAGAUUGACAUUAGAGAAAUUUUAUAAUCUUUGAGAAUUUGGUGGUUCUAAAAUUUUACACUGGAAAUUUUGUUACGUACUUAGUAUCUAUAGGUAUCAAAAUUUACAUUAGAAAAUAUAAUACCUCCCAGUAUCUUCUCAAGGAUGGUAAAAUUAUCCUUAAUAUUAUUCUCCAAUUUUUCAUGGACUGUUCACCUUUCGUGCGAUCGAGUCAGAUAAGCUGUAUCUUUUAUUAAGAAGAGACAAAUUGUAUAUUUUCCGACGUUUUAGUAUACUGCAUCAGAUUUCAGAACUGACCUAUGUUUCUAUUGCUGAUAAGGGUAACUUAGGGGACUAAAGAACUCCAUGUUGUUUAUACAGGUGAUAAGAGACAACUGCACGAUUUGCAUAGUGCAAUGUUUUUUUUAAAAAAAAUAUAUCAAAAUGCAUUAUGGGAACUAUCAAAGUGUAUUACUUGACAUAGUUCAUGUUUUCUAGGAAAAAAGAACGGUUUUAGCAUCAGUUGUUGUUGUUUCUGACCUGAUCAGAUCUUUUCACCAGAGAACAAAAUCCAAGGCAUUUGAUGUUUAUGACUGAAAAUUGUGAAAAAAAAGAGUCAGAAAAUAAAUCUUGGUGGUCAGAGUGACAAACAUUCUAUAUCCUUUGUCUCAAAACAGGCUAGUAUUUCAGAUCUGCUAGAGAUAUCACUUAUCAGAAUCAUUACACACCAUGCACAAUUUAGCCCUACAGCUCUGCACUUUCUUCCCCAAAUCUUCUGCCAUGCUCAAAUUUGGCUUUCUGUGCACUGUGCCAUGCUGUUCCUUCUUUGCAGGUCAUGACAUUACUCUGAAUCUGAACCAGAUAUGGUAUUUCCCUUCUUGUCACACAGUCUAGCCAGCUUUUUGCAACAAGAAACUGGUACUACUGAAAAAGAUUAGAACAUUCAGCUAAGUGUCUUCCUGCUGAUAUCUCCCAUCUGUCCCCUAUUGAUGAUUCUUGAAUUGUUCUCAUCUCAUUUGAUUUCGUCCAUACUUGUCAGGCACUGAAUGUCUGAACUCUGAAACUCUCUGCAUCGCUAUAUAUACAUGGGAGGUUUUUGUCAGUGUGAUGAAGCAAGGUGACCAAGUUAAGGAGAGCAGCAGCUUGCAGAGAUGAGAAACUUGGAAGGGAACAGCCAUGGGAGUUUUCUGGUGAUUCUGUGCUGUUGAUGAUGUUUUCUCUGAAGAUUCUGCUUCUGCGAUCGAUGUGAGUUCUGUUCAACCUCGGUCUGCUCUGCACGUGCCCUGCGGUUGCUCCAUGUUGAUAGUAGUAGUAGGACAUGAAUCUGAGCUGGUUCUUGCUAAGAAUUUAGUGUCAUUUACCAUGCCUUUUAAAGGGAUAAAUAAGUUGUAAUACUGAUUUGGGGAAUGGACCAGUGUAAGUCGAUUUGUAAUUUCUGUCCAGGUUUGAACUGUAUCAGACUAUCAGUGUGUCUUGUACUGAAUUUCUUGCAUUUCAGAAAGCUUCUGAGGCCUGAAUGGAGUUUGUUCAGAUUGAGUACGGAAGUUUUUAGGUGUUCUUAAACUGAAAGUUCAGAGUAUUAUUAUUGGGGAUUUUGACUAAGUUAAGAAAAAAGAGAGAGAAAUGUUCCAGUAAAUGGCACUUAAAGAUACAGUUCUCAUCCAAAUGAUGUAUUGCAUUGUUCUUGUAACCUGAUGGAGCUGUGACUUGUAACGUAGAUUGCUUGUGUUACUGGAUGCCGGCCAAAUGGCAGUCACUUA